GCGGGGACGGGCGGGAGCGGCCAGAGGGCCGGCGGGCCGGGAGCCGCCAGUCCGGCUGCAGUGGGGCUGGCCGGGCGCGGCGCUGCCUCCUCGGCAGCGCGAGCAUGAAGGAGGCGGCCUGAGGGCCGGAGCCGACCCGGGGCUGGAGCGCGGGGUCUGACCUACCGUAAACAUGGCAACCAGUGCCGUCCCCAGUGACAACCUCCCCACGUACAAGCUGGUGGUGGUGGGAGAUGGGGGUGUGGGCAAGAGUGCCCUCACCAUCCAGUUUUUCCAGAAGAUUUUUGUGCCUGACUAUGACCCCACCAUUGAAGACUCCUACCUGAAACACACAGAGAUUGACAAUCAAUGGGCCAUCCUGGACGUUCUGGACACAGCCGGGCAGGAGGAGUUCAGCGCCAUGCGGGAGCAGUAUAUGCGCACGGGGGAUGGCUUCCUCAUCGUCUACUCGGUCACGGACAAGGCCAGCUUCGAGCAUGUGGACCGCUUCCACCAGCUCAUCCUGCGCGUCAAGGACAGAGAGUCCUUUCCGAUGAUCCUUGUGGCCAACAAGGUCGAUCUGAUGCAUUUGAGGAAAAUCACCAGGGAGCAAGGAAAAGAAAUGGCGACCAAACACAAUAAUCAUCGGACCAGCGGCAGUUCACCGAGCCCUGUUCUAUGGGGAGCGAUCACUCCUUACCACCACAUGCUGAGCAAAUGCCACUACCUCAUUUACCAUUUGACCAAGCGACUCUGCGAGCUACUAUCGACAACAUGCUAUUUUAGAGCUCAUAAGAUUCCGUACAUAGAAACCAGUGCCAAGGACCCACCUCUCAACGUCGACAAAGCCUUCCAUGACCUGGUUAGGGUAAUUAGGUGAGCAUUGCACGCUCCCCCAGAAGCAAGCCCUCUGCAGCAAGGCAACAGAUUCCAGAAAAGAGCCAGAAGAAGAAGAAGAAAACCAAAUGGCGGGGCGACCGGGCUACCGGCACCCACAAACUGCAGUGCGUGAUAUUGUGACGGGCCUGAGGCCCUGGCCAUGGUGACCGUGAACUGGCCGGCCCUCGGGGCCCUCCACUGCCUAACCGCGCUGAAAACCAUUUCUAACCACGACCCUCAGCCCGAGGACCUGGCUCAGGAAGGGAGGAAGGGAGGGUGGGCAGGGAGGAGCAAGGCUCCGGCUUUGCCAGAAGGGCACAGGCUUUCCCACGUCUCAAGAGAGACAGGGAAGCAAUGCUAAACAGAAGCAGCAUCUAAGCCCCUCACGUUGACUCAACCCAGUUCCUCCCCAUCUCUCGGUGGCUGUUGUUUCUUUGAAGUACACAGUAUUAGUGUGAUGUGGAAGUGUGUGUCCACGGACAGAGUACUGAACAAGCCAUGAUCCACUCCCCAUCCCCCUGCCCCCAGCCCAGAGUGUCUGAGCCUGGGGGGGGGGGGGGGGGGGCGGGGCUUUUGUAGAUUUUUAAAUUAUUUUAGUGAUUAUUAUUUUAUUAAGGGGGUCUGUGCCCACGGACUGGGGGAGCUUCAGGGCUUCAGCAGACCUCUCUGAGAACACGUCUGGAAUACUGUUGUUGUUGUUCGUAACUGAGUUUUCCCAGAGUGCCAAAACUCAGGUCAACAUGCAAGUGGAGGGACCAAGAGCGCGGACGUGAAUGAGGACGGUGGCCGGAGGCCGCGGGAGGAACAGCCCACUCCCAGCCUCCAGACUGGACAGAAGAGAGAUGCGCUCACCCAGAAGGUUUUACUGUGCCCGAGGGUGCAGGUGUUAGGAAACGGAGUUUUAUUUUGCUGAGCAGAGAGGCUGGGGCGAGCAUGUCCAUUUUCGGAAGGGUUUUUAUGAUCCUGGACAUGCAUAAGUUAGGUCAGCUGACUGGCUUUGCAAAAGCGUCCAUUCACUUGGCCGACGGUGCAGAUUGAGUUCUGUGCUCUGAGGGCUUUCCCGGAUCUGUUUCUUCCUGCUUUUCCACCGUCUGUGCUGCCUCGCGCCUCUUGGACACAAACGCGGACGUGGGCAUGUGUGUCUCAGCUCGGCCCAGUAAGCUAACGUGGACGCCAUCCAGAAAGCUCUAGUUCAUGCUGAAUCUUAACCAAAAACCAUCCAGUACUGUUGUUACUAAGACAGCACCAAGACCUGAAGCCAUUUGUCCCUUUGAGUCCACUGACUACCACUCCUUAAAGCCCAGUAAAUAAGCAGACCCCGCUAAGCAUUUGCAAACCUAGGAUUCGCUUGCCUUUCUGGCACACACUUUUCUUAGCCUCUUGGAUCUUAACCAUAACAUAUAAUUAAAGGAGAAAGAAAGGUUGGGGUGAUGACCUGGCCCCCAUACACCUGUUUCUAUAAGGGGACACUCCCCCAACUUCCUGAAGAUGUCACUUCCUUCUCAGGUACUGCUGGUGGGAUCCAGAGACUGGCUUUUCCCAGCCAGGGAGGGUGGACCACAGGGAGGGCAGCAGCAACCACAGUGCCCACCCCUCCAACAGAAGGUCAGAAGAUGAGCUCGUGACCUCAUUUUCCAUUGACAAAUCAGAUCACUAGGCAAACUAGCGCAUCCCUAGCAGGUGGCCUGGCUACUCUUUAGAGACAGAAACCCCGAGAAAGUGAGCACCCCACAGGACCUGGAGACACCUGGCAUCUUCUCUGGUUUUGAAAGCGUGCUGGGUUCCUAACUCAGCAAGAUCACCAGCACCAGGGGGCCCAGCCGAAGAGCAAGUCUGUGUCGAAUGAAAUCAUUGGGACUUCAGUUAAUUGGAAAAUCAAACUUCUUUAUUUGUCUCAAUGGCCUUUUUUCCCCUGACCCUGAAAGGAAAGAUAACAAAGAUCAGGCACUUCAGAGUGUCCCAAGGUCCUAUAAUGUUAAUGGGCAUUUUAAACACUAACAGGACACGGCUCUUUCGGACCCUUCUGCUCCUCUGAGCGGAGUCUGCUGCAGCCCCAUGUGCAAAGGAGAGGAGGAGGUGGCAGCAAGACAGGCGGGAAGAAGUACAGAGGGAGAGGCUUCACGGCGAAGGAAUGGUGGGGUGGCAAGGGAAGCUGAGCACCCAGGGCAGCAGCCACUGCUGGAAAGCUGCUACUGGGCAUGGACUAGCACCAGCACGCCCUUGCCCCCCUGCCCUCUGCAGAGCCUGCAACUCCGUGGCAGCCCCAAGUGGGCAGUCCUGUUGGAGGCAGAUCAGCUGACCUAGAAUGAAGCCCUUAGCCAUGAAGGUAACCAGACACACGGGUUCCAUCUGCUUCUGGCCCCUCCCCCAACACGGGCGGUGCUUCUGCCCACCCCGGCCGCAUCUUCCAGGGCACAUGUCCUGCAGUCAGCCCGCAGCUCAGCUCCACAGUGCUCGAGGGACAAACUUGUUAAGGAAAGGCUGGCUGCUGCUGAGUCAGGGGUCAGGCUUCAUCUUCCAUGACCUUGUGUUCCCCAGAGGUGAGACAGAUGGGUAACACUUUUCAAAGACAGUUCUUCAUGUUUUAGGGAACUGUGGGCCCUUGUAGCCGUGGGGGCUUCCCAAUAGGCCAGAAUGGAGUGGACCCUGGGGCAUCCCAGUACAGUAGCUUCUCCAUGGUCACGUGGCACGGUCAGUUGGAACACCAGUUGGCCAUACUACUCCAUGACUGAGGAGUCCAAUGGGACUUGUGUCUUUGGUGACAUUUUGGUGUUUCCACUGGUUUUCCAGACCACCUGAAUAGUGCUACCUUCACAUCCGUGGAACACAGCCUUCCUGAAAUCCCCUCACCCCAUGCCUUUGCCACUGUGUGCUCUCAAAUUUUCUCCUAAAAUUUUGACGACACCCCCCAAUUAGAGGGCGACUUUUCUACCCAACAGGUAAUCUUAGCCAUCUUCCCCACCCCUCCAGCUGGGAGCUCUGGCCGCUGACUUCUCCUAUACUUGGCCACACAGGCGGUCACUUGGAUGGUUUCUCUUAGGACUUUGACCCCACCUUGUGUUGUUUGCUGUGGAGACUGCCUGGUGGCCUAGUGUGGCCAAUCUCACUUUCCCAGGAGACGUGACCCACUAACACAUGGCAGCUCUGACCCAAAGGCCCCGGAGACGUGUGACGGUAAAUCUGGAACCACAGACAGAUUCCCUCCAUUAAGCAGCCCAUUGGGUUAGAAAUUCCAUGUUGGGUUUACAUAGAACAAAAGCUACUUGAAUUGUUGAGCGCCCCUGAGCGCACAGCUUCCGCUACCCAGUAUUAACAGAUAGCCAUUAUUGUGAAACGGGAGUGAUGCCUGAGGGUCUCGAUGAUGCUUGAGCCUUUUAUGUAACUUUUUAUUAAGUCUUUGUGUAUCUCAGCUCAUUAAUAAAGAAAAGAAGAACACUUG